CUCUUUCUUCACAUUUUCCUCUCAAAAAAAAUUCUCUCUCUCUCUCUAAAUCGCUCUAUAUAUCUUCCUCUAUUUCUUCACUAGAAAAGUUUAUCUCAAGAAUUCAUGUCGGAAAAGGGUCAGCCAUUGCCAAAAUUUGGUGAAUGGGAUGUCAACGAUCCUGCCUCAGCUGAGGGCUUUACUGUGAUCUUUAACAAGGCAAGGGACGAGAAGAAAACAGGUGGCAAACCCGAGUCACCAGCAAAGGCUGAUCCUCAUGCUAAGCCUGGAGUGGAACCUGGGAAAACCCAACCUAAAAAAUGGUUUUGCUGCGUUCAAGCCCCAGCUGCGGAAUCUUGACGAAACCGUACUCGUAUAAGACUACUUCCACAAGCAUGUUAAAGUCCCACCAUAUAUUCCUAAACAAGAUAGGAUCUAUAGGGCUUGACCUUCUAUAUUUCCUUUUUUGUGGUGUAUGAUUUAAUUUUUUUUGGGGGGGGGGGGAAGAAGUAAACAAGACACUUACUGUAUCUAUAUAUAUUGAUUUGGUGGGUUGUUAUGGCAAACUGUGUUAUUUCAUUCUGUCUUCGUCUGUGUUACAAAGCUAUGGAGCUUUUGCUAUGAA